AGGAAUGAAGAAUGUGUCACUAACACCACACCUGAGCGGUUGGAGUCCAGAGAACUGGGGGUCCGACCCUUAUUCCUGUAGAUAAAUCCUCUGGGAUGAUUAUCCAAGCAAGCAGGCCUCCUUUAACAGGGGUUUUUGGAGAACAAGCUAAAGAUUUAUCAAUGGGCUGGAUGCGUUUCCGGAUGUUUUAUAACCUGCCCCCACGCUCUCUUACUACCAGAAAUUAUAAUCACCUUAGUCAACCCAAAGUAUAGUCCUCUCCAGUUCUCUGCGGUCUGUGACCCCUGUCAGCUGCUGCUAAGAGCUGGAGAAGUGGAAUCCCACGUAGAAACUCCAGUGUGGUUCUAGUAUAGACACUGGGCAUGCUCAGUAGCCAAGCAGGUUUGGGUUGCAAAUAAGACGCUUUCUCACUCCACAUGCAGCUGAGAUGCCAGGCUUGGAAGGGUAAUGCGACCAGAAAUUCAUUCCCUACCGCGUUAGCAGUGAGUGCUUGUUCCCGAAGGUAUUAACCCUAAUUGAUCAGGCAUCUGUCCCAAGCCUAUUUGGAAGCCGACCCUCCUCCCUCCUCCCUCCUCCUCCUCUCCACGGCCGCCCCCUCCCCUUAGGAGAACUAGGAAAGGAGGGUUUGCUGCUGGUUUCUGUCAGCAUCACAGACCUCUCCACCAAACCCAGGCGAAAUCCAGGAAUCCUCGAACACGAACUGGGAAACGGGAAGAUACUUGACCAUCGACUCUUAUUGCGCUUUGCCAGGGCUGUGAUCGCCGUGGGUUGAUUCUCCCCACCUCUCCAUGCAGUCACUAUGCAGAGAGCAAUCAGCUUCCCUGCACUGUGCCUGCUUGUUAAUCUCCACGCUGCAGGAUGCCUUUCAGGAGAUAGUGACCAACUCUUGGCAGUUCAUCAGAGGAAGAGUGGGAAGCCUGUAUUUAUCUACCACCAUGUGGAAACUAUUGAAAAGAGCUUGGACACAAGUCACCAAAAAACAUAUAAACACAACUUUCAUUCUCCCUCUCAUAUGCAAGCAAGCAAAGAACACUCUGGCAUAAUUGUGAAGUCCACAUUUCCUAGACCUGCCUAUAACCCAUCUCUCAAUUUAUUAGCAAUGACUGGACAAGAUUUGGAAGUGGAAAACCGUCCAAUCCCUGAAGCAAAUGUGAUAAUUGUGACACUGCAAAUGGACAUAAACAAGCUUAACAUAACUCUGCUCCGGAUAUUCCGUGAAGGAGUGGCAGCAGCUCUAGGACUCUUACCACAACAAGUUCACAUCAAUCGCCUAAUUGGAAAAAAGAACAGUAUUGAGCUGUUUGUAUCUUCAGUAAACAGGAAAACCGGAGUUUCUGAUGUUCUGCCAUCUGAAGAAGUAUUACGUUCACUUAAUAUCAAUGAUCUGCAUCAGAGUCUAUCUCAAUUUGGGAUUACAGAAGUAUCCCCUGAGACAAACGUCUUACAAGGGCAACAUGAAGCGGAUAAGAUCUGGAGUAAAGAAGGAUUCUAUGCUGUUGUCAUUUUCCUCAGUAUCUUUAUAAUGAUUGUCACAUGUUUGAUGGUUCUUUAUAGAUUAAAAGAAAAAUUUCAGCUUUCUCUGAGACAAGACAAAGAGAAAAACCAGGAGAUCCACCUAUCCCCCAUCCCAUUACAAGCCACCCAAUCUGACACAAAGACGGUCAACAGCAUGGUCCAGCCUGAGCACGCCCCUAAAGUGGUGAACGUCAUAGUGGACCCCCAAGGCCGAUGCACUCCUGAAAUCAAGCCUGCUAUUUCUACCAGUCCAUCGCCUUUCAAAAUGAAGCCUGUAGGACUUCAGGAGAGGCGAGGCUCCAAUGUGUCUCUUACUUUGGACAUGAGUGGUUUGGGGACUAUAGAACCUUUUGUUGCUGUGCCGACCCCACGAGAGAAAGUGGCAAUGGAGUAUCUGCAAUCAGCCAGCCGGGUUCUCACAAGGUCACAGCUGAGGGACACCAUGGCAAGCUCUCACUUACUCCAGACUGAAUUCAUGGAAAUACCAAUGAACUUCGUGGAUCCCAAAGAAAUUGACAUUCCACGUCACGGAACUAAAAACCGCUACAAAACCAUUUUGCCAAAUCCUCUCAGCAGAGUAUGCUUGAAGCCAAAAAAUCCAACUGAUUCUUUGAGUACAUACAUUAAUGCUAACUACAUUAGGGGUUACAGUGGUGAGGAGAAAGCUUUCAUCGCCACACAGGGGCCCAUGAUUAACACCGUGAAUGAUUUCUGGCAUAUGGUCUGGCAGGAGGACAGUCCCGUCAUUGUUAUGAUCACAAAGCUAAAAGAAAAAAAUGAGAAAUGUGUGCUCUACUGGCCAGAAAAGAGAGGGAUAUAUGGAAAAGUUGAAGUCUUGGUUCUUGGUGUGAAAGAAUGUGAUAACUACACUGUCCGCAACCUUACCCUAAAGCAAGGAAGUCACACCCAGCAUGUGAAGCAUUACUGGUACACAUCUUGGCCAGAUCAUAAAACCCCCGAUAGUGCUCAGCCUCUCCUCCAGCUCAUGCUUGAUGUAGAAGAGGAUAGAAUUGCUUCUUCCGGCAGAGGACCUAUAAUUGUACACUGCAGCGCUGGGAUAGGCAGAACUGGAUGUUUUAUUGCCACAUCCAUUGGCUGUCGACAAUUGAAAGAGGAAGGAGUGGUGGAUGCACUCAGCAUUGUCUGUCAGCUUCGUGUGGACAGGGGUGGGAUGGUUCAGACAAGCGAACAAUAUGAAUUUGUUCAUCAUGCACUGAGUCUCUAUGAAAGUAGGCUAUCUGCAGAAACUGUCCAGUGAAAUGUCGAAGAUUCAAUUGAGUAACAGUGUCUCAAAGGAAUGCAAUUUGUUGCCUACCAGUGGCUUCAUCCAGGAGAUUUCUGGGGUGGGAAAACAACAACAAUGGAAAGCUCAAAAGCCAGUCUGUGAUGUGGAUUCUGGAAGACCUGAAAAAUUAAGUAAUUACCAGACCUUGCCUGUAUAUGAAUGUAUUUGUAAGCUGCCCAAAAAUGACUUUGAAGAAGGUACGAUGUUGAUGGGGUAAUAGAUUUCACAUACAUCAUCAAGGGCAUUUUUCUGUGGUGACUCUGCCAUACAGAAUAUAUAUGUAAACCUGCUGAAGUCAGUUGGCUAUUGAAAUAACCUCUGAAGAAAUGAUUAUUGAGUGUAUAGUUGCUUUAAAGUUUGCAAAAAUGUGUCUUGUGAAUGGACUGUCAGCUGUUAAACUGUACCUGUCUUAAGUGCUAUUAUGAUGAUGAUGAUGAUAAUGAUGAUGUGGUGAGCUCAUUCUUCGGCCACCAGAAUCUUGCUGCUAACGUUGCAAGUGAAAGACAAUGAAUUUUUCAUAGAGAAGUGCUUGUUUUUGAAAAAAAAAACCAACACAUCAAAAGCAGUAACUCUUUUAUAUGAAAAUGUGUUCUUGAUAAUCUUAUGUAUUGGUAUGUAUUUAUAGUAGCCUCUAUCAAUCUAUUACAGAGCACAAUGUUUGUCAUUUGGUGUGUGUAUGCGUGUGUGAGUGUAUUAAUUAAUUAUUCUAUAUUAUUGUCUUAGAAGACUGCUUCUGCUCCAAAGUUCAAUCCAGUGUGUUUGUAAAUUGUGAGUCCUUUUACUUUUAAAGAAAACUUUAUAGACUCGGAAAUUCCAAAGGUUUUAAAUACACAUCCACCUUUUACUAAGAGGGAAUUUUUUAAAAUGCUGUCUACCUACAGCCUUUCUCUCUUUUCCAAAUAGCAAUGGACAAACUUGGGAAUACUGCAAACUGCUCUCCUGAGGAAGGCUGCUGGGGUCAGUCCUUCUGUUUCUAUGGGGAUCUCAUCCUGAAGAGAUAUUUGGAACAGCUGUAAUUAUGUUCUGCAACACUCUGUGACUGUUCAAUUAUAUAAGAUUUCAAUGCAGUAAUGAUGUUGAUUUUGCUUCAUACUGCCAAUAAACUCACUUGAUACUAAA